ACUACUACACACAUAAUGCGGAGUACGUAAGGACUGAUAGCGAACACAGCAACAGUAGCGAGAGCAAACUCAUAUAACUACGUAUCUUCAUGCACAGAAAAUCUAGCUUUUUUUUAUUUGAAUUUCCUCAUAAAAACCUGAUAAAACCCUAAAAUUUCUAGGUUUCUUUUUCUGUAAAAAACAGUUUUAUGUUGAUGAGGAAGAAGGGAAGAAGAGGCUUAUUUGGUGGACAAAGAGAUUACAGUCAUGACGAUGAAGGAUUAGUAGGAUCAGUCCACGACACAGAAUUAGACGACGGUAGCCAUUUUAGUAUUACCGGAGAAAUUCUGCCUUCUCUUGGUGCAAAACCUGCUCGCUCUCAUCAACUACUCCGCCCUUUUAUCAUCUCUCCCUUUGAUCCUCAUUACAGAAAAUGGGAGAAGUUUUUGGUGUUUUUAGUGUUUUAUACAGCAUGGGCGUCACCGUUUGUGUGCGGUUUUCUUGAAAAGCCGACACUGCCACUUACUGUGAUUGAUAAUGUUGUGAAUACAUUUUUUGCAAUAGACAUUGUGUUGACAUUCUGCGUCGCUUACCUUGAUAAAUCUUCUUAUCUUCUUAUUGAUAAUCGAAAGAAAAUUGCUCUGAAGUAUGCUAAAACUUGGUUUUUCUGUGAUGUUAUCUCCACCAUUCCUUCUGAACUUGUCCGUACUCUGCCUGAUAGAAUUCAGAAAUAUGGCUACUUUAUCAUGGUUUUUCGCCUCUGGCGUAUCUGGAGAGUCAGUCGCUAUUUCGCUAGGUUGGAGAAAGAUAGGAAGUUUAACUACAUUUGGAUUCGAUGCUUGAAGCUUAUAUGUGUUACCCUCUUUGUAAUUCACAUUGCAGGUUGCUCCUAUUAUUUUCUUGCUGAAAUUUAUGGUAAUCCAUCAAGGACAUGGCUUGGGUUAGUUUGGCAAGAUUAUCGUAAGCAGAAGCUGUGGGUUCGUUAUGUGACAUCACUCUACUGGUCCAUAACCACACUUACUAACACUGGCUAUGGUGAUAUACAUGCAGUAAAUGAAUUUGAGAUGAUAUUUGUUAUGUUGUACAUGUUGUUUGAUCUUGGACUGACUUCAUAUCUGAUUGGAAAUAUGACCAACUUGGUUGUCCAUGCAACUGGUCGGACAAGGCAAUUUAGAGAUACGAUCAACGCUGCGUCGAGCUUUUCACAGAGGAAUCAGCUUCCUGUUGGGUUGCAAGAUCAAAUGAUUGCUCAUUUGAGUUUAAAGUACAGAACUGACUCAGAGGGCCUGCAUCAGCAAGAGACAAUUGAUUCCCUUCCAAAGGCCAUUCGGUCAAGCAUUAAAAGCCAUCUCUUCAACUCAUUGGUGAAUGAGGUGUACUUGUUUCGAGGGGUAUCAAAGGACUUGCUUUUCCAAUUGGUUGCUGAGAUGAAAGCAGAGUACUUCCCUCCCAGAGAAGAUGUGAUUUUACAGAAUGAGGCACCCGCAGACAUGUAUAUAUUGGUGACUGGUGCUGUGGAACUUAUUGUGAAAACGAAUGAAAUAGAGCAGGUUAUCGGUGAGGAGAAAACAAGAGGAGCUGUCAUGGGUGAGGUUGGGUUGCUAUGUUACCGGCCACAAAUGUUUACAGUUCGGACCAAAAGAUUGAGUCAGCUGCUGCGUAUGAACCGCACUGCAUUUUUAAGUAUCGUGCAAUCAAAUGUUGGAGAUGGAAGGAUAAUUAUGAACAAUCUUCUUCAGCAUUUGACAGAGUUGAAGGAUCCAAUGAUGGGAGGAAUAUUAGCAGAGAUACAGCAAAUGCUGGCUCGUGGGAGAAUGAAGCUGCCUCGUGGGAGAAUGAAGCUGCCUCUUACGUUGUGCUUUGCAGCUAUGAGAGGCGAUGACCUACUGUUGCAUCAGUUGCUAAUACGAGGUUCAGAUCCAAAUGAAUUGGACAACAAUGGGCGAACUGCUUUGCACAUUGCAGCUUCAAAUGGGGCUGAGCAUUGUGUAAUGCUCCUUCUAGAGUACGGAGCAGAUCCUAAUAUGAAAGACUCACAAGGCAAUGUUCCUCUUUGGGAAGCGUUGCUGGGUAAACAUGAAUCUGUGGUUAAACUUCUUGGUGACAAUGGUGCCACCUUAUCCUGUGGAGAUGUGGAUCAAUUCGCAUUGGCAGACAUUGAGCAAAAUAACUUGGAUUUGCUAAAAGAGAUUGUAAAUUGCGGUGGAGAUGUGACACGCCCCACAAGCAGCGGAACAAUACCACUUCAUACUGCAAUUUCCGAUGGAAAUAUUGAAAUGGUCAAGUUCCUUUUAGAACAAGGGGCUGAUGUUGAUACUCCUGAUGUAGAUGGAUGGACAGCAAGGGAUUUAGCAGAUCAUCAGGGCCAUGAAGAAAUUCAAGCUUUGAUCCAAAAUACGCAGACGAAGGAAAAAAAGCAUGUUCCGACAAUUCCAAAGCAGCAGGGAGUGACAUAUCUGGGGAAGCAUAUAGUAAAGCAUAGUAGUGAACCCACAAUUUCAAUUUUAAACGCUGAUUCUAUGUCAUCUACUCCUAGAACAAUCAGGCCUAAUAGUUGCCAGAGGAGAAGGGUUGACAGUUUUAACAAUUCACUUUUCGGCUUCAUGUCUGGUGCAAAUGCCUCUGAAGUGAUUCCAUCUGCAAGUGAUGGCGCUGCUAGUUUUCCAAGUUUGAAGUAUCCAGGCAGAGUGACUAUUAGUUGUCCAGAAAAAGGUGCAUUUGAAGGGAAGCUUGUUCUGUUGCCAAAAUCGCUUGAUGAGCUAUUAGCGAUUGGAGCCAAAAAAUUUGGAUUCUCAGCCACCAAAAUUCUUACCAAAGAAGGGGCUGAGAUUGAAGAUAUAGAGCUCAUUAGAGAUGAUGAUCAUCUUGUUCUUGUUAGCAGUAGAGCCACUGGAAUACAAAGAUUUCGAGAUUUUAAGCAUAGGAACAUAGCAUACACUUGGUAGGUUUAGUUAUCUUGUUCAUAUUCUCUCUCUGUACAAAAUUCACGAGAAGUAGUCUAAAUGUAUACAUAGUUAUACAAGUAGAAUAGAAGAUUCUAGGCUCUGUGCAAAAGUAGGGAAUAUAGAGAUGAAAUAAUGAUCAUUGUUACUCAAAGAAGAGGUUUGGAUCAUCCAUGGUAAGAAGUAAUGAAUG